UGCCGUUUCGAUCCACCUGCUCUGUCACGGGAACUGCCGGUGCUUGGUGUCAGCAACGCGUCCCUGUUAUCUUUCCUCGGAGGUCUAGAACGUCAUCGACGUAUUCAAAUUGAUAUCUUAGUACGGUGUGAGUAGAGAGUUUUAGCAGACCGUUGAUAACCUGAGUUAGGCGUCGAACCGUAUCAACCGGAUCCAAUCAGUGGAUAAGAUUUGGGUCACGCGCGACUACGAUUGGUUCCGAUACACCACGAUAACCUACUGUACGGUAUACUAAAACUCACUAGUGAAAGUGCGGAGGCGUCAGCGUUAAACUACGGUCAAGAGAUGAGGGGGAAUCCUUCCACCUCUCCUAUGGCAUUUGUUUAUACGGCAGAUAGGGUUCGACGAAGACGACGACAAAAAAACGUUGCGUGCCAUGUUUCCCCAUGACAGAUGAGAACCGUCGCAUCUCGGAGGCCUCUGAGGAGGAGGAAGACCACGUAGUCGCCUUCACGGGCGUCAUCGGCACUGUCUCUCACCUCACAGACGUGCAGGGGGUCAUUGCAGUCGCGCACCCUUUGAAAUGGGUGGUCCUCUUUGGCGUCCCCGCCUUCGAGGACGGCGUCUACAACAAUUUCCGCCAGGCGAACCUCAGUGUUGGCGACAUGGUUGUCAUGGACGCCACGUUGAGUCCGCAGGAUACCAGGAAAGACGUCUUUGAAGCAUCGCGUGUGACACGCUACGAGGAGCCCCAGACGCAGCCAGACGUCGACAGUCCCUUUGCACCCAACGGCCUCGAGGAGCACGGGACCGUCCAAAGUUUCGGUCGCAUGUUUGGGUUCAUCACGUUUGGGACGGGGAUGAGAAAGCUCGCCUUCUUUCACGCCGCUGACGUGAAACUAGGGAACGAGUACCUCGAUCUCGGGAACAUCCCUCUAGACCACGUGAUGCGGGUCGGAGACAAAGUUCUUUUGAGAACCGUCAAGAAUGACCGGCGUAGAAGUAAGGCUAGGUGGAGGGCAGAGGUCGUUUACGUUGAGUAACUAUGGUAAGUGAGCUCAAAGAGCAAGCCAGCUUUGCAUGGUGUUUUCUUUUUUUUUUUUCUUCUUUUUUCUUUCUUUUUUUGCGCUCCAAUGAAGCUUUGUGUGUGGCUCGACCUGGGUAGUGAAGAUCGCCAUAGUUUUUCUUGUUUUGUUUUUACGUUUUAGGUUUUAAGUUGCGUUUUACGUUUUAAGUACGUGCUUGGUCUGCUAGCUGCGCAGGCAUCGAUUUAUUUUUUCUUACUGAUGAACAUUACGAGCGAUGUUAGAAUUACUCCUGUUAAGUACAAUAAAGUUGUUGAUUUGUCA